ACUACGUGAAUAUAACGUGUAGUGUAACUGCGAGUGACAGUUUAUUAUUUUAAAGGUGCUCUAAAUAUAUUAUUUACAUUUCAAAUUAUUUAUCAAUGAGUUAGAUAACGAUGGUAACUUGUGAUAGUGCCGGGCGAUUAGUAAACAGGAAUGGGACUUUGUGUGCACUAAGUGAGAUUAUAUCGCAUUAGGAAGUGAAGCAGACAACACCAGCACGAUGCACAUGUGGAUGUGGUUCGGGUACGAUCUGGGCGAGUUCCUGUUCGCGGGGCUCGAGGUGACCACGCGCUGGGCGUUCGCGCUCACGUGGAUAGCGCUUUUCUUCGUCGCGCUGCUCUUCGAGGGCUCCAAGGUGUACUUGGCACAAGUGCAGCGCGAGGCUCUUAAGAAACUAUAUCCGCAUCGAUCCGACGAACGACGCACUCUACUAUGUGACAGGUGAGUUGGAACUUGUUAACUCAACCUAAAUAUAUUACAUACUUAGAGCUUCCUUCCCAAUAUUUAAGAAAAUUUUAUCCGUUGUUAACGGAUUAGAGAACUGC